AAAAUACGUUCAAAUACGUUGCUUAUAUGUAUUUAAAGAUCAUAUAGAAUGUCGGGUAAGACAUUUGAAUUGAAAAUAAAGCGGCUGGAUCGUUUCGCGGUUGUUUAGAACCCGAGUCUUAAAACCUUGAAACGUAGCAAGCUCUAUAAGCAAGUCCACCUAGUCCACUCGAUUCUAGUCCAGUCUAAAGACUUAUUCAGUACUGCCACCUGGUAGAUCGUGCCACAGUUUCUUUUCAAAAGCGGCACAUAUCAACGGCUCCUUUCGCAAUCAAUGAACAGACGUGAAAUAAAUAAUUUGAAAUAACGUCACUGAGGCAUUCAUACGGCGAGUACGAUAAAUAGAAACUACACAAGUAAAUACAAAAUCCUUGAAUACCUUGUUGUGAAUAAAGUACAGGGGCAGAAUGAAUUCCGCAAUUGUACAUCUGGAGCAGAGCGUACGCGAAGCCGAUGGCAAGCUGGACAUGAUCACCUGGCAAAUCGACGCGUUUGAAAAAGAAUUUCAGGACCCGGACAACGAGAUAUCUGUGCUCAGACUCUUGCGUUCAGUAACCCAAGUGAAAGAAGAAUAUCAAACGUUACGCCGUGACAUCCUCGAGGUUCAACAACUCCAGAAGCAACUUUCCGACUCUCUAAAAACUCAGCUUUCUCAGGUUCAAGGCCAUUUCAACAUUCUACGCAAUAAAAUAGUUGGACAAAAACCAACUCCGCAGCUAAAGUAGAAGUGAAAUGAAAUGAAAUGAGAACCGAGAUCGCUAUUAUUGAUUGCUUUAGUUUAUUUAAUAUGUAAUAGAAGUGAUUUCUACCCAUUAUUUUUACAGGUGCUAAUAGUCACACAUUGUGAGAUAAUUUUUAUUCACAAACUAGACUUAAUUUUUCAGAAAUGAUAAAAGGUAAUGAUCUGUCUGACAACAACACUUACGUGUUUAAUCGAUCAUAAAUUAUUAAAAAUUUUACUGGUUUGGUUUCACCCGCUUGGGAACAAGUGGAAUAUGUGAUGAAUAAUUCAUUCGGUAUGUAUGUUUUUAUUUAUGGUGUUGGGGCCAAUCAGAGAACAUGGGUUUUUAUUUAAUGAAUUAUGGUGGAACGAAAUCAGUAAGAUUUAAAUAUUGGAUCUAUAAACCAAUUGGCAUUGCCACAUAUUCUUGGUAUUUGAAUGCGAUUUGUAAGUCUCGAAAGUACAAUAACGAAAAGUGGUGUCAGACAUUGGAUAAUGGGUUUUAAACGGAAUGGUCAAAAUCUGUACAGACAGAACUAUUAAUAUCACGAUUUUCGGUCUGAUCUCAUGAAAAGUAUUUAAUUCAACAUCAAGAUAUUUAUAGAACGUUUCAACUUUUAAGACACCAACUCUACUCUCAGCACAGUAUUUCAACUAUUGAAUAUCAAGUAUUUUAAUACGAAUUUUCUUGUAGGUUCUGUAAUUCAAUGAAAUGUAUCUUGAUCACAUGAUUCUAAGAGAAGUAUGUCUUUGUUUCACAACAUAUAACUUGAAAAUAUCUCAGUGCCAAGUUGCAGAAGCAAAUACAGCUCCUUUGUGCCGAAAUGGUGAAGUUAGAUUACAAAGAGUAAUUAAUUAUGAAACGAAUAUUGCCUUAAUACAUGGUUACCCAUUGAAUAGGCUGUGCGUACUAUGUUUUACAAUUACCUAUUACACUUAUGUACCGAAUUCCAGUUAUCUAUUACUCUGAUAAGGAUGUAGCGUACGUAAAUUAUUUUCGAGCGUAAUACUCGUAGUACCUACUUUUUGAUUACCAUGUUUAUAUUACCAUAUAGAUGAAGGUCUUCCUGAAGGAAGUAGAAAUAGUUGACGAGAGUAAAAUUUACGGGCAUUAAGCAUUAGCUUUUUUCCUCUGCUCAGAGUUAAUUGGCAGUUAGUAUUACAUUUUGUUAGUUUUAAUUAUUGUUAGUAUAGAUGAAAAUGUGAAGGUAGUUUCAAAGGUUUAGUUAGAUUUUCGUUUUUCACUUUAUGAUGUCGUAAAUUUAGAUAAUCAUAGGUGACGAUUAUCCAUUGAGGAAAUGGAUGAGAAGAAAGCCAUAUUCAAAAAUGAUAGUUGAGUGUUUCGUAAUUCAUUAUACAAACUAUCGAUGCUCAUUAUUUACAUUCUGAGACAAAAAAAAAAAAAAAAUGAUAAACAUUUAACCUUCA